GGAGCCUUAAUCCUGCAAGUACAUGGUGUCGUGUGAACAGUCGAGCAGAUUUAAGAGGCCUUGGUACAGGGUUGGGUUACGCGCGCAUUCGCCUGUCGUCCGGCACAGAUGACGCUGCUAUACAGCUCUCAAGAAAAUUCCGAUACCGAAAUGAUCGGCGAUUCAGUGCCAGACUGAAAACAACACACAGCUGCCUCUCCACGGGAAAUUGUAAGCGAUCCGGUCCAUUCUUCUCCAUCUUAGCGGACUUGAUUUUGGCCUGUGCUGGAUACUGUGUUGAUCUCAACUGGAAUACGAUCUUCGCCACAGUUGAUACCACUUGCGGUCGGACUUGUACACUUGAUCCGUUAAAUGUAAACUAUCCACCUGUGCCUUUGCUUUCUGUGGUAGUAAGCGCAUAGCGCACAUAAACAUCACUGAUAAUCAACUAAACGUAUACGGACCAAUACAACAUAUUCUUGCUGCCUGCUCGGCCAAGCUCACUCAUUAAUCGGCGCACCGUUGCUUGAAGCAAACCAAAGUUGCCAGGGACUCGAGAGUUUUGAAAGAGUUGAUUUGAAUCGAGGAGAGAUGGCGUCCAGCAAACCAACUAAAGUGAAUGUUACGAGACAGAAGAGCCCCGCACGUAAGACGCCGGGCGAGUUGGUCCGUAAGCCCUCCAGCUCUGCCUUGAGGAACUCCCAGGCGGACAGGAAGACGUCCGUGGCAGCUUCCAGGAAAGUUUCGGUAGCUUCGAGUAGCUCCAGCGGCAGAAAAGUCUCCGUGAGUUCUAAGACACGAGGUCCCGGCACGCUGAGCCGCAAGACGUCCAGUGUCUCGGAUCGGUUCAGCGGCUACACCGGUCAGCCGCCCAGCGUGCUCUACAGACCGCCUGCGGCAUCCUCGUCGGUGGUGGGCUUCAGACAGCUCUUGGUCACCAAGCGCCUGGCCCGCAACCUCAAGCUGCGCACCACCCAGCGCAUGGCCGAGCGACGCGGUCGGAGCUUCAUCACCUACAGCGACCGGCCGAGACGAAGGCAUCUGUCCCCGCACCAAGACGUCCUCCUGGAGCCGUCCUACCAAGUCUACCCGCAGCAGAAGUUCGGGGAGUUCCGAGGAACCAUCAGCGGCAUCCUUGAACAGAUGAUACCCGAGACAUUAGCCAGGAUGCCUUACGACGCCAGGGUGUGCAGCAGGCAGGCCAAAGCGUUAGCUGGCGACAUCCAGGAGAGAGUCAAAGACUUGGGUAUCGAGCGCUACAAACUCAUCACUGUGGUGCACAUUGGUGAAAUUCAGCAACAAUCGAUUCGUGUCUGUAGUCGGGGAAUCUGGGACGUGGAGGUGGACUCCUCAGUCACUUACCAAUAUCAGAAUGCAUCCCUCUACUGCGUGGCUACAGUAUUUGGUAUUUAUCAUGAAUAACAUCGGACUGGACAAUAGUUUUCAUUUUAACUUUUAUUCAUCAUUACAUGUAUUACUUAUCUGGGGGAUUCCCCGAACAUCCAUGCACGCCGUAUGAGAAAAUAUCUACCCUUUCUCAAUCUGUUUUGCUGUAAUUGUAACUUUUUAUAAAAUUUAACAGGCAAUGGGUUUUGCAAAAAAAAAAAAAAAAAAACACGGCUAAUUCUACAACAUAGCUUUGAGCUUUAACGUUUACUAUAAGAUUUUGGAAGCAUUGAUUAUAGUUUUUUUCACAAUGCAAAUCUUAUUACGAGAUAACUUUACCAAAAUCAACAGGUUUUGUACCGACAUUAAUGGACAACAAACAGUGACGCUGUGGCUAUGAUAAACAAUGUGAGAUAGGUACGUUAAAUGAUGUGUUUAUGCAUGGUAUUUGUUUAAUUAAACAAGAGACACCGCGUUGCUAUUUUAAAUAGCUGUCUCAAUUUGACUUUGAUGAAAGCAUGCAGAGAACUGACUUCAACAGGAAGAACCGUUUGCUUUAUCGAUAUCUGCGUCAUAUUAGUGUAUUCCUUUGCUAAGUAGCUUUAUGUUGUAAUUUGUGUUCUCAUUUUAAAAUACAUAAAGCUGUUAGUUUAGUAAAUCUUCAA